AUGACAAUAAUACUAUUUCUAAUUGAUUCAAGUGCUUCUAUGGCACAAAAAACUUAUUUGGGUACAACAAUGUUAGAUAUUGCAAGAUCGAUUGUCGAACUUUUUCUUAAGCAACGAGUUCGUGAUGCAAAUGCGAGAGGUGAUAGAUAUAUGCUGAUGUCGUUUGAAGAAUUCCCAGCUAAUGUUAAGUGUGGGUGGCGUGAAAGUCAAAGUAUUUUUCAAGAACAACUAAAAUCGCUUAAACCGCAUGGAUUAACAACAUUCGGCGCGGCUUUAGGAUCGGCUUUCAGAUUUGUCAAUGUGAAUCGAUUGCAAACUGGUAUCGAUAACUAUGGCUGUGGUCGAUAUCCAUUUUAUAUGGAGCCAGUUGUGAUUAUAAGUAUAACUGACGGUAAUUCAUUGACAUGCCCAAGUGGAGGCAUACUUGGCGAAAUUAAAGUCGCUAAACCAGUUGCCAUUGGAAAUGAAUUAACGGAAGAACCUUUUCGUUGGGAUCAGCGGUUAUUUGCAUUGGUUUUGCGGUUGUCUGGUCAUACACCGAAAGCUCGAUUCAUAUCCGGUAUGACUCUGCCACCGGAUAAUAGCCCAAUUGAUGCGAUGUGUCUUGCUACUGGUGGAAUGAUUGAAAACUCUGAAGCGAAACGUAAUGGCGAAAUAGAUGGUUUGAAACCAGUAGCAGAUGAAGAUUGGAGGAAUAUACUAACAACAAUUUAUUCUAGAGCAUCAAGACCAUAUCCUGGAUUCUGGCCGAUUCCUGAAUCAUUCUGGCCGGACAAAAAUAUGGUUUCACUGCCGUCAAGAAAAGCCCAUCCAGUAAUAGCAUUUCGAUGUGAACCUUGUGAGCCGUUAGUGUGCCAGGAUUUCCCUUUUGACAAAUAUGAAUUAGAACCGUCCGCUCUUACACAAUUUAUUCUUGAUCGAAAACAGUCAAGUGUUUGUUGGCAAGUUUAUGUUCUGAAUUCAAGUAAUGGUGGCACUUUUCCUGCCCCUUUUGGAUAUCUCAAGGCAGCCACCAAUUUGCAGUGUGUUAAUUUAUUUAUAAUGCCAUACAAUUAUCCAGUCUUAUUAUCAUUAAUUGAUGAAGUAAAACAGGAUUCUAAAGUAAAACUUAGUCAGUUGUGGAGACUGAAGUUGGAAAAAUAUCUCAUGAAUGUGCCUAAUUAUUAUAUACAGCCAUUGAAAAAGGCUUUUGUUCGUUUGAAUAUAACGAGUCCGCUUUUGGAGCCAGAUCAGAUUCCACAAUAUUCCUAUAAUAUAUUGUCAUACUUAACAAAAAUUAAGCAUGUUGCCCGUGAAGAAUUCGAUUCACAUUGCUCUGCUUUGGCGACAGCACUGCAAAAACCGCCAGUCUUACAUACCCAAACUCCUUUGGUAAAGAGAACUAUACGUUCUCAGACGAUAUUUAAUCACAGACGUAUACCUCGGCUUAUUUCGAAUGAGAAUUUUCAGGGAAUGCAGAUCAGUGUUAGCGAACCAAAGAUACUGAUCGCUCCAUCCGCGCAAUUUCGAAAUCCAUUUGAAAUCAAGCGGAAAAGACUUGUCGAAUGUUUGGCUAAGAUGCGAUUGAAUCUACUGCAACAACUCGCUUCUGGGGCAAUUCCUGUUUUCGAAGGGGGUCGACCGGGGAUGAAUCUCAAAUUACAGCAUGCUGAAGAUCUACACAGUCUACCUGUCGGUCAAAUGGGCAAUUACCAGGAAUAUGUUAAAAGUCUUGAAGCUGUUGGUAGAGGAGCUUUAAGGGAAGUCGAGCCGCAAGCUAUCAGAGUUCACGCAUUUGGUAAUCCUUUCAAAAUCGAUAAGAAAAAUAUGGCAGUUGAUGAAGUUGGAGAAGGAAGUUUGCUUGGUGGAGCUGGUAAAGCCGAUAGUUUAAAGAAAAGAUUAGCUGCAACCACUAGUGCUAGCGUUAUCAAUUCUGAAACAAGUCGUCCUCCGCGUAAAAAGCCAGGGCCAUUAGCACAUGAUUCAUUAAAGCAGUGGAGAAGAAAACGAAAAGCACUGUCGAUGUGUUCCAGUUCGUCAAUCGCUUCCUAUGAUUCUGAUAUAGCAUCAGUCUCGUCAUUAAAGGAUGAUCUCCACGCAGAUAUUUCCCGCGAAAAAAUCAUUUCAUUGCAAAAGGAAGAGCUAAAUGAGCUUUGUUUUGACGAUCAGAGCCUUUGCUUAAGGCAUGCAAUUCGUGAAGCAAGGCGAUUUAAACGGAAAGCAAUUGUUGAUAGCUUGUCAGAAUAUUUAAACAGAUUUUCCGACUCCUAA